UUGUGUUGGGGGGAAAUGCAAAAGGCCAGGAAGUUUGGUAUUCAGACAUAAUUUGUUGCCAUAGUUGUGAUUACAUAAGUAUAAUCAGAUUUAAAGACAGUAAGUCCUCUUUGGUGAAUCUCUAGGUACAAUAGGCAGUUCCUUCCAAGAAGAUGUCGAUUCCAUUCUCCAACACCCACUACCGAAUUCCACAAGGAUUUGGGAAUCUUCUUGAAGGGCUGACACGUGAGAUUCUGAGGCAGCAACCGGAAAAUAUACCAUCUUUUGCAGCAGCAUAUUUUGAGGAUCUUCUAGAGAAGAGAGAGAAAACCAACUUCGAUCCAGCAGAAUGGGGUAGUAAGGUGGACGACCGCUUCUAUAACAACCAUGCAUUCAAGGAGCAAGAACCAGCUGAGAAAGAAAAGUCUCAGGCAUCUGAGAAAGUGGAGACACCAGUCACAGCCUUAGACUCUCCAGAUGAAAAUAAGGAAAAAGAGGAGCUGGCUGCUGUCAAAAUCCAAGCACUGUUCCGGGGACACUUAGCCAGAGAGGAGGUGAAGAAAAUGAAACAAGAGGAGCUUGAAGAGAAAACACAGGAAGACAACUGAGGAGACCGGUUUUGCCCCCCAGAAAACAUGAAAAAAGAAUUCAAAUCCAUCAACCAUGUUGUGAUUGUCGUUUUUUCUUAGCAAGGGAGAUUCCAUGUAGUGGAAUAACACUGGCUGCUGUUGUGAAAAUCUGUCAUGAGCAUUGUUUAAUAAACAUGCCAUUGAACACA